GUGUGUGUGUGUUACUAAGAGUGUGCUACAUGUGUUCCCCAGUGGAUGGCUCAGUGACGGUGGAGCUGAAGGCGUUAGCGACACACCUGUCUGGGGGACGCGUCUACAACGUCACCUGUCUCGCAUCGGGGGUGUGGCCGCCGCCCAUCCUCUCCUGGCGGCUCCGGGGCAAGCAGAUCACCAAGAGGGUUCACCAGCGGCAUCCAGGCGGGGACCUCACGGAGUCAGUGCUGGAGCUGAAGGCGGGCAUUGGUGACGACGGCAGCCUUCUGGAGUGUCUGGCCAGCUCACCGACCCUGCCACACCUCACCGCCUCAGACUCAGCCAGACUCACCGUGCACUGUGAGUCAUGA